GUACAUCAUGUCGAUGUUGUAUAAUUUUCUAUGUUAAAUAUCCUUAUAAUUUUCUAAUAUUAUAUUAUAGAUGCUCCAUAUUAAUUAAAUUUACUACUUCUAAUUCUCUUCCUAUAGUCGUAUUUUCUUUUCUAGAUUUUCUACGGAAUAUUGUAGCUUUUAUAUUUUAUUUAUUAUUUGGAUACUUUUCGUUCUAAAUUUUUUUCAAUUACUGGAAUAUGUUUAAUUCUUUCUAACUGUGUUCCAUUUAUUCUUCUUUGGUCUUGAUGUAUUGAUGAUCGAUUAUAUUCAUUUUAACUAUUUUUAAUGGUACUUCUAAUUAGAUUAGGGGUUUAAAUAGAUCUUAUAAUAUUGAUUUUAAAUAUUUAUUAUUAUAUGCUAUAUAUUUAUUAUUCUUCUUGAUAUUUAUUUAUUAUUUUUACUAAUUUAUCUAUUUUAUUGACAAUUUUGAUUAGCCAUUUUAGUAAUAUUAUGUUUAGAAGGUUUUUAAUUUAUAUAUUAGAUAAAAACUUGUUUAAAUAUAGUUUUUGAUAUUUUUAAAAGUUUUGGGUCCCAAAAAGUAAUUAAAAUUUUGGGUUUGAUGGAAAACUGGACGGAUGCACAUUUUGGCGAAUUUAAUGGUAUCCGUCGCCUUAUUCAAACUUAUGUGGUAUGUCUGCUCCAAUUCUCAAAUUUAAGUGGUAUCCGAGGUAUUUUACCCGAACAACUAAUAGGGAUGGCAAUGGGUCGGGUUGGGGACGGAUAGUGCAUAUCCGUUACCCUACCCAAAGUAGUUCGGGUUUUAUCCAUACCCAUACCCACAUAUGAAACAGGUAGAAAAUUAAAACCAAGCCCAUAUCCGUUCGGGUUUCGGGUAUCCACGGUUAUCCAUGGGUAAUGAUUUUUCUUCAUAACUCCAACUAAUAUGUUAACAUUCACACGUAUUCUCACAUUACGCAAGAGGAAAAGUAUGACAAUAAUUCACUAGAAUGAAGAAAAUUAAUUAAAACAACACAAUUUCAUGAAAAUAUUAUAUUUAUAUGCUAAAUAUAAAAUAUGUUAGAGAAAAAUAAUGACUAUUUCUAGACAAAAUACAUAUGUAUGUGUAUAAUCGGGCGGGUUUGGGUUGGAUACUGAGAAACCCAUGCCCACCCAUUACCCGCAAUAUUCUGGUUCGGGUUUUACCCGUACCCACUAAAUGUCCUUCGGGUUCGAGUUUUACCCUACCCGAUUAGGUCGGGUUCGAGCGGAUAUCCACGGUUACGGAUAUUUUUGCCAUCCCAAACAACUAACAUCAAUGCGUAAAACACUUGGCGUAAUCUACACAUAAUAUAAUACGCCGAAGGGAAAAACGGGAGCCCCAUUUCAAAUUUCCUGCAACGAGAGUGAAAGUAGGAAGGACAUUUUGGUCUUCACAAUUACUUUUUUUUAUUCAUUAAAAAAACACGUACUGGGAUUCGAACCAUGACCAUUUUAAAGAAAAGCAAGGAUAAUAACCAAUCACACUAAGCACAUUUGUUGUAUCUUUUUAAAUUAAAAACAUAUAAUAGCAGGGAGGAAAAAACCCUUCCCCCAUUUCAAAUUCCCUACUUCAUGAGCGUUUGUAGGAAUGGUAGAAUAGGGAGUGUCAAUUUUUUUUCUCUUUCCUCUGUGGAACGGGCCAACUUACCGUACACAUGUGAAUUUAAACGGGUCCAGGAGUGUCAAUUUUUUUUUCUUUAAGCCAUUUUAUUUCUCCGUGGUGACAAAAUAUAUAUGAAAAGGUAAACAUAAUACUCCUUUUUAUUGUUAAAAAUAAAAUAUUUAACAAUAAACUAAUGCAUGGUAUCUAAUGGGCUAACCGCCAACCAUAAAAUAAAAGAGUUGAAUGUGCCUGACCUACAUGGGAUUUGGCCAUCAAGUAAAAUAAAUGAACAUCAUUGAUUUGUCAUUCUAAAAUAAGCUAAUUUCUCUGACAUAAUAUAUAUUAUGCUAUUAAUUUAUAUCUUAGUGGCUAAAAUAUAAUGUAUUUUAAAGUUAUUCAAUGGUUCAACCUCGACCAACACAAUUAGUCCAAUUUUUAUCAUUUCAAAUAUAUAUUUUAUAAUUAUUUGAUAUCAUAAUGAUCAAAUUAUAGUGUAUUUUAUAGGGAAUAGUUUGGUAUUUGUUAGUAAAAAAUUAACAUAAAGAUCUAUUUGAUAAUUUAAAACAUUAUAACGAUCCUAAACAUUUUCAGUUCCUUUUGAAUUUCUAUGGUUUUAUUCCCGAAUAAGUGAUGUGCAAAUGGCGAAUUGUAGUCGUCUCUUUUCUUUCACUAUUUUUUAUUUUUCAAAUAGAAAGUUUAAAAGUAAAGAAUAAUUAGAAUUUGGCAUGGGUCGUCAAACAGGCUGAAUUUCAAGUUUUGGCCCGUUUGUUUUAUGCAUUGCAAAUUUAUUAGCAUUUUGAUGGAAAUGGCUUGGAAAAAAGACAUAUAAGUUGUACCUUUGCAGAAAUGUCCUCAAAUGUUUUAAUGCUUUGUGAAUCAGGUUCUGUGACUUUUGUGAUGGUGUAUGUGCUUGACAAUUGCUCGAUGUUGUAACUGCUUAAUUUGAGAGUAAAUCUUUUGAUUUUCCCUAUGAGUUGUGAUACCAGUUCUGGUGGUUGCAGCAUGUUGUCGUUGUUGGCCUGUAAAAGUUGUUCCGCCGUGGUGCUAAAUACCUUUCUUUCUUUUUUAACAAAUUGUGUAGUAGUGCUAUGAAACAGAUCACCCAUGAACGCUACGCUUAUUAUGGUCUGUUCUUACUUCCGGUGGUGAGAAAUUGUGAAUUGAGAAUCAUAUUCGCCUACCGCACUGUGUCUGGCUGGUGGCUGCUUACUGUGCUCUCUAGAGUUAUGAAACAGACUACCCAUGAACGUUUCCCUUAAGAGUCCAUAACUUUUGCGAAAAACCAAAUUUAGGCAAUCAAAGGUGGUGGAUGUGUGAUGAUUUUUUAUGGCUUAAUUGUUUGUGAAUUGGAUAUCUGAUCUUUGUAUGAUUGGAGGGGAUGUUUGCUUAAUAGAAUUAUCCAUUUUAAUUCAUGUUUAUUUUUAACAUGAACUUUAGUAACUCAAAACCUUCGAGACACAUUUAACCUACUGCAUUGUAUCAUUUUGCCUGGGUGCUUGCUGUGUUGUCAAACUUCUUUGUUGCUGCUGCUUUUACACUAACAGGGGAGUUAAGAACCCAUGAAUGUUUCCGUUUGACACAAAUAGUAGGACUUGCUUCUAAAUCGUGCACUAAAGAUGAUUGGAGGAAACAUCUCUAUUGCAGUUGAUAUACUGGAGACCAGAACAAAAGCAAUGUAUAACAUCAAAACCAACCAUCUGAACUAUUAGCAUUGUUGCUUUACUAUUUUUUUGUGGUUGAGUCUCCUUCAAAAAAUUUAGUUUGAUUUUAGAAAAUUUUGCUUCUGCAGUCCUGUCUUGCCACCAACGCGUUCAGUAGAUGGAGAUGGCAGAGGCGAAGGCUAUUUUUGUGCUGUUGUUGCUGGUUUAGGGAUCGGUUUGUGAAGAAGAGGGAGAAGAGAGGGGGAAAGGGAAAUGCGGGAGAGGGGGGUAACUCUUUUCUCUGACAAAAAUGGAGUGAAGAAAGGAAUUAUGAUCAGUAAGGAUAUGGUUAUCUUACAUAACGGUCUCUAUUCUGUUUGAAUUGAGCUUGAGAGGCAGUGAUAAGACGAGCUGCAACCAAUUCAUAGUGAGAAGAGAGCUAUGAACUGUGAUCAUGUCUUAUUUCAAGUUAGAAGGUAGUUUCAGUAUAAGGAUUAUUUAAUUUGACAAGUUGUUUCGUCCAUGAUUCUUGGUAGUUUCAGUGCCAUUCUAGCCAUUGUUUAGUCUGUAAUUUUUGAGAAUUGAUGUGCGAGUAAUGACUUUCACUUAGCUUCAACUAUUAUGUGUGUAUUUAUUGGCAUGUGAUAGAAAUCUCUUUUCCUUUUCUUUAAAUUCAAUUUCAUACUCUAAUUGUAUCAUUUGUACAUAGGCAAAUCAUGCUCGAGAUGACAACUCGCUGAUAAGGCUGGUGCAAGGAACGGAGCCAUCAUUAGAAUUCAUACCGACAACGGGGAGGGAUGCCCAGGACUAAUUCAAUGAUGAUUGAUGAUGGUAUAAUAAAAACUGCAGUUUGCAUCAACACCAAUUUCUAGGCCUAAGUAAAGCUAUUCAACCCAGAACUCUGCUUAGCGCUAAAAAUUUCCCUCACCCAACCUUGAUCCUGUUUGACCCACUUCUGAAGAGUCAAGAUAUAUGAAUAUGACUAAUCCUCUCCGUUCGUAUUUUCUUAUUGACUCUUUCUGACCCUUUAGGUUGGGGCGGGUCGGGAAGAAUCGGAUUACUGGGUCGGUCCUAAUCAAGUGGAAUCCCAAUCCCUUCACUCUCACUUGCUUUCUCUCCUAUUCCACAAGUGACAGUAAUCCGGCCAACGGGCCGGGUAAUAGGCUAGUUAUUUAAAAUGGAAUAAUGGAUAUGAGUGGGCCAGCAGCCCAGCAGCCAGCAAGUCAAGUUAGCAACGCAAGCGGGUGCAUGUGCAAAGUUCGCUUCUCCUUCCUGCGAAACAGCGAAUCAUUGCUAACCUACGCCUCUCGUCUCGUGUCUUCUUCUCUCUAAUUUCCUGGAAGCCGGAACUUUCCGACGACUCCGCGACGGAGACUGAAAUUCGCUGAUUAUCACAUUUUCCUCUCUGACUCUAGCCACUGCGCCGGGGAGAUAAACUUCUGCAUCAUUCUGAUUGGCCGCCAUUGGUGUUUGUCGUUUUUCCUUUAGGCGGGAAAUCGGUCGCGUUUUUUUUUUAUUUACUUCAAACGCUACGGAUGGGCGAAUCCAUCGUAAUUUGGUUGGGAAAUUCCCGCGAUCGAAUUGGAUUUUAGGUCAUACGCCGCUGCUGCUGGUGCUGGCGGUGUGUUUAUGCAAGCAAGAGGGGGAGGGGGGAAAGAAGAUGGGAGUUUCGGAGAAUUCGAAGGGGCUGAUACUGGCUGUGGCGUCCAGCGCGUUUAUCGGUUCGAGCUUCAUCCUCAAGAAGAAAGGGCUCAACCGAGCUGCUGCUUCCGGUACUCGUGCAGGAGUUGGAGGUUAUACUUAUUUACUAGAGCCGCUAUGGUGGGCUGGCAUGAUUACCAUGAUUGUUGGUGAGAUUGCAAAUUGUGUGGCUUACGUUUAUGCUCCUGCCGUUCUAGUAACUCCCCUUGGUGCAUUAAGUAUAAUUAUCAGUGCAAUUUUAGCACACUUCAUGCUGAAUGAGCGACUGCAAAAGAUGGGAGUUGUUGGCAUUGUUUCUUGCAUUGUUGGAUCAGUAGUGAUUGUUAUCCAUGCACCUCAAGAGCAUACUCCAAGUUCUGUAGAAGAAGUAUGGAAUUUAGCUACUCAGCCAGCUUUUGUGAUGUAUGUAGCUGCUACAGUCUCAGCAGUGUUUGCUUUGAUUUUACACUUUGAACCACGAUCUGGUCAGACAAACAUGUUGGUCUACUUAGGAAUAUGCUCCUUGAUGGGGUCGAUCACUGUUGUGAGCGUCAAGGCAAUUGGGAUAGCUAUUAAACUUACUCUAGAUGGGAUAAAUCAGAUUACUUAUCCUCAGACAUGGUUUUUUCUCAUGGUAGCAGGAAUAUGUGUCAUUACACAGUUAAAUUAUUUGAACAAGGCGCUAGAUACGUUCAAUGCAACCCUUAUUUCUCCAGUGUACUACGUCAUGUUCACAACUCUCACUAUCGUUGCUAGCGCUAUAAUGUAUAAGGAUUGGGCGGGCCAGGAUGCAAGCAGCAUAGCAUCCGAGAUAUGUGGGUUUAUCACUGUCCUUUCAGGCACUAUCAUACUUCACUCAACAAGAGAUCAGGAACCUCAUCCUUCGUCACGAGGAACCGUGACAUGGUAUGUCAGAAGCGAUUCAUUCAAGAACCCAGACCAGGAACAUUUACUCGACAUUCUUGAAACCGAACCAUACUAAGUAGUGAUCUCUGGAUCAACACUCAAGCUCUUAAAUUUGCAAGCUAGGAGUGUGGGGUUCAAUCUUCUGCGUCAGCGCGUCGUGAGAGCAGGCGUACCGAACUUGAUGAACAUACCAGUUUGUUUCUCAUUGCAGGAGCAUCGAGAAAACCCGGCGCCAGAAACCAGACCCGUCUCCGAUGUAUAUGUACACAAGAGUGGUGGUGUGAUAAUGGUAAGGGUGAUUGGUACUUUGGUAGGGCUUGUACCAAUUUUGCCUUUCAGGGUGUUAAUUUGAUUCUUUACCUGUAUUAGGUGUCUCAUUUGCUUGUUAUAGUUAAUAUUUAUUAGCCGUAGACAACAGCUUAAUGGCUCAUUACCUCUGAUUUCAAUCAAUCAUGACUAAAUAAGUGCACUUUAU